AUGUUUCGAAUGAACCUGGGGAUCCGCUCAGCCCAGGCGCCGCGAGCUUGCCUCAGGGCCUUGAGAUCUACACGCAGUCAUUCUACAGCCAGCACCACAGCCAAGCUUCCAUUGGACGGUGUCAAAGUGCUUGAUCUGAGCAGGGUGCUUGCAGGUCCAUAUUGUACACAAAUCCUUGGUGACAUGGGUGCGGAUAUCUUGAAAGUUGAACAUCCGGUUCGCGGCGACGAUACGAGAUCCUGGGGCCCGCCGUAUGCGCCCCGUUUGGACGGUGCCGAUUCUGCUAUUCCUGCUGGUGAAAGCGCAUACUACCUUUCGAAACAAGGUGCUGACAUCUUGCGCGAGUUGGCAAAGAAAGUUGAUGUUGUCGUGGAGAACUACCUUCCUGGCUCGCUGAAGAAGUACGGCUUGGACUAUGAGACGCUGAGAAAACUCAAUCCCAAGCUCAUUUACGCGAGCAUCACCGGCUAUGGCCAGUUCGGACCAUACAGCGAUCGCGCGGGCUAUGAUGUUAUGGUUGAGGCAGAAAUGGGGUUGAUGCACAUCACUGGGCCUCGCGAUGGUCCUCCUGUCAAGGUUGGGUGUGCUGUGACUGAUCUGACGACGGGAAUGUACGCAACGACAAGCAUUCUGGCGUCACUGCUUGAACGGAAUCGAUCCAAUCUGGGUCAGCAUCUCGACAUAUGUCUCAGCGAUUGCCAGGUUGCCACGCUAUCUAACAUGGCGCAGUCAGUGCUCAUCACGAAGGAGAGAGAUAGCGGACGUUGGGGAACAGCUCAUCCCUCCGUCGUUCCUUACAGAGCGUUCAAGUCAUCGGACGGUGACAUUCUUUUCGGGGGAGGCAACGAUCGAUUGUUCGCCAUCCUGGCCAAGGGCCUAGGCAAGCCGGAAUGGGCUACGGAUGAUCGCUUUGCAACCAAUUCAGCCAGAGUCAAGUACAGAGAUGUGCUAGAGAAGUGGAUUGAAGAGGUCACUCGCACAAAGACCACCCAAGAGUGGCUUGAUAUCUUCGACGGCACUGGCUUGCCGUAUGCCAAGGUCAAUGAUCUCAUGGACACCACCCAGCAUCGUCAUGUGAAAUAUUCCAGAUCGCAACCGACAAUUCGAUCCGCGCCUCCUCUUCUUGGGCAACAUACUGACGAAGUUCUGAAAGAGGAACUUGGUCUAAAUGAUGCAGCUAUUGCCUCCCUCCGCCAAGGUGGUGUGGUUCGGUAA